CAAGAGACUGAGACGGGAGCAGGUUUAGCAGGAGCAGGGUUUGAUCUGGAUGUGCUGCAGCUCUCAUGCAGCGCUCAGUGAAGAGAGGAGGAGACACUCGAAUCACACUGGAGCGCUCGUAGAAAGCCCUUUCAUUCAUCUGCUGGGGAGGACUCUACCUGAGACGAGGUCAGACGAGUCAUGGAGAGUCAAGUUCCAGCAGAGCUCGGACAGUCUGGUGUCAGUGGACUCUGAACUGGCGCAGUGUGAGACGGAGGUCAACACUUUACUGAAGAUCAUUUCUGACCUCAGCAGGAAGAUGGACUCCCUACAAAUACCACGAGAGAUGAAAACGCCUGAGAGUCCAGUCCGGGUCAGUGGGAGCGUCCCGCAGCAGGGCUCAAUCCUCACGGUGGUGGACGCUGGCACAGCAUCUGUAGAGUCCAAGACCAAGAACAUCUGCAGGGACUCAGAAGGGGGCAGCAGUGAGCUUUGGAAGGAGCUGCAGAAGGUUCUCUCUGCUCUUGAGGACUCUAGUGGUCAGGGGAGGAACAUGCUCAGGCUGCAGACUCAGAAUGCUGAGUCAAUCCGGGCAAAGCAUCUCUCUGCAGCCCGCGAGAGCUGGGUUCAGGCCACACAGGUGCUGGAGGAGAUGGAGAGGGAUUUGGGGAUCUCAUACCCCUCUGCUCUGCCCCCUGAUGAGAGACGUCAGUUUCAGCGGGAUGUUCUCUCGCUCUACAAACACAACCAAGACCUCAACGCCUCGUUGAAGAGCCGCCAGGGAGAGCUCGUGGGUGCUGAAAGAAUGCUGAUGGAUCUUGAGGAUGAGAAAAAGUGGCUACAGGAAAAGGUAGUGGACCUGAAGAGGAAAUGGCUGUAUGGAGUGAGUCGUUCUCCUUCUGGUAGUCCAUCUUUGUCCUCCAGUCCAACUUCGAGCCCUAGCUUUUCCUCUCCUCCAUAUCCUGGAUCCCCUCUGCUGUCCCGCAAACUUCCGGGCUUCAGGCCGGACUCCCCUCCGUCACCCUGCACCAUUGAUUCUGUGCUUCAGGCUGAGAUCGAUAAGCUGCAGAGAUGUCUAGAGCGACUGAAAGCUCGGAAUGAGCGUCUGAAUGCCGCGCUGGUCAAAAGGAAAGGAGAAUCGGAGCAGCUGAGCAUGAGUCUUAGCCGACAGGAGGCAGACAGCUCGGCUCUACACAUGGCUCUGGCGUACUGUGAGGAGUGUGAGGAGGCUUACAGAGACCUGCUGUGCCUGUGCGAAGCCAGAAAAAAACAGAAUGCAGAAACAAUUAGCACACCCCAGCCUGACCUCGCAAAGUCAGCAGAUAAGAACUUGUACAAAGGCGAGGCAUCCUCCAGUCCACCAGAGGGCACUGCUGAGACCAGACCAUACAGCUUGUCGGAAAAGGAGUUUGAGGACAAGGCUGGUGUAAUUCUGCAAAGGAUCUCCAGGCUGAAGCAGGACAGGGCCGCUGUUUGUAUCCCGCAGCAGGGCGAAGCAGGACAGGGCAAGAUCAGUCCCGACACUGGCACGCUCGCAGGGGUCAGAGGUCGUGCUAGUUCACUUUCCAAAAACACCAAAGAGGAGAAAGCAGCUCUACUGUAUGAGCUGGUGACAGUCAGGGAGGAGAUGUCAGAGAUGCGUGGGAAUCUCCGGCUCCUGGAGAAAGAGAGGCGGUGUUUGGACCUGGCGCUGAUGGUCCAGAGUACCCAGGAUUCUGCUGGUGCUCUGAUCCUGGACAGUCUGCGAGAUGAGCUGGGGGAGAGGAGAGCCACCCAGCAGAGAAUUGCUGAAAAUCUGGCAAAACUAGAAGAUGGAGGGGGAAUUCCUGGUCCUCGGAAUCACUCUAUCCUAAGAGAACUACAAGCAACACUGCAAAGGGAACAGUCACUAAGGAAGAGAGUGGCAGCUUUACGUGAGUCGCUGGACUCGGCGCUCACAGACAGCACCACUCAGAGGAGGAUCAACAGAGAGGAGAUUGCACGCCUCUCCCGCUACUACAAUAAAGUUACAAGCACCUCCAGAAAUUCUCGAAAGAAGCAUCAGGAGCAGCUGUGGCGACUGGAGAAGCAAAUCGCAGUCAUGGGCGAACGUCAUGCUAAAGAAGAGGCCGAGCUAAGUGCUACACUGGAAGCUAUGGAGUGGAAGAGAGAGGAGACCAUACUCUAAAAGACUCUACAGCAUAGUCCUUCUUAGUGUCAUUUCAAUGACAAACAUUUCUGAAAGCUAAUGCUGAAUGUUGAUUCUGGGUGAGAGGUUGGGUAAGUACAGGCUUAGAAACAAAGUUCCAACUAUAUUUACUGUAAAAAAAAUGCACCAUUUGGUAAUUUAAAGCUAAUUGGUUUGCCAGCUAUACAGACACAUGUUGUUGUGGAUGCAACAUCACACAAAAGUUUUGAUACUGACCCAGUUGUAGGAAAAAUCUCUUCAAAGGCAUAUUUUUCUCUCAUGUGAAAAAGUUUAACUGAACAUUUACUUUGACGGAUUGCCGUGAAGUUACGUCAUGUAAAUAGACAAGCUGUCAAGUGCAAAGACCUUAACUCUGGGUAUUGGGACAGGCCAUCUUUUUCUAGGCCAUUACAGAUAUAUAUGUGUGUACAUUAUUUUAAAAAUAUUUGCUUUUAAGUAUUAUUCAUUUCAUGUACAGCUAUGUGUAUGUGAAAUAUUGCAAGCGCAUUUUGUAAUUUUAAUAAUAAUUUAAAGUUGUUUUAUACAUGAUGAAUAAAACAGGCCUCAUUACAGUUUUGACCGUGAACUGGUAGUUUGCUGUAUAAAAGCAGGCAGCAACAACAACAAAAGCUGCAUGCGCAUUAGAAAAAAACUCAGUUUUGUGUGCAAUAAA